AUGAACAACGGUAACUUGGGUAAUGUGAUGAAAUCGGUGGUCCAGAAAAUGAACAACGGUAACUCGAAUAGUGCGAUGAAACCAGUGCUGAAGAAAAGUACUAACCCUACAGUGUACCCGACAACGCUUCCACCACGACGUAAUGAAUCUGAAGUAAUGGAGAUGAACAACGACAAUUCGGGUGUUGUUAUGAAGCCAGAGCUCAACAAGAUGAACAAUGGUAACGCGAAUGGCGCCAUGAACCCAAAGUUCAACAACAUGGAAAACGAAAGUAUGAAAAAUGAAAACAUGAAUGACAAGAACUGGGAAAGUUCCAAAGAACAGCAGCGAACAAAUACCUCUUAUUACUGCCAACACCAUGAUCUCUCACGAUUUUGCACAGAUUCAGAGAACAGUAGCGCGGAAGAGGAGGAGCUAGUCCCAGGAACACCUCGACCACCAUAUAAUAGUAACGAAGUUAUUGACUAA